CUUCAAUCUCUGGUACAGCAGAGAUCAUAAACUGUUAGAUAGUGAAGCGUGGGAAGUAACACACUAUAAGUUACACUUGGGAUAUAUCAGAACAGUUUAUAGCCGGAUACUCGUAGUAAUUUAUUACAAAUAAUUCUGUCUACAUAGAUAGGUCUUUCAUAAGCACUUAAUAUUGUUUACCAAAGAAAUGGUGAUGGAGAAGCCAAGUCCCCUGCUUGUAGGGCGGGAGUUUGUGAGGCAGUAUUACACACUCUUAAACAAGGCACCAGAUUUCCUGCACAGGUUCUAUGGGAGGAAUUCUUCCUAUGUUCAUGGAGGACUUGACCCAAGUGGGAAGCUGGCGGAAGCAGUGUACGGGCAGGCGGAAAUCCACAAGAAGGUCAUGUCCCUGCAGUUUAGUGAAUGCCACACAAAGAUCAGGCAUGUGGAUGCCCAUGCCACACUGAGUGAUGGAGUGGUGGUGCAAGUCCUCGGAGAACUGUCCAACAAUGGUCAGCCCAUGAGGAAGUUUAUGCAAACGUUUGUGCUUGCUCCAGAGGGUUCGGUGGCAAACAAGUUCUACGUUCACAAUGACAUCUUCCGCUACGAGGAUGAGGUUUUCGGAGACUCUGAAGCGGAGCUAGAUGAGGAAUCAGAGGAGGAAGUUGAAGAGGAGCCAGAGGAGAGGCAGCAAUCCCCUGAGCCACUUCAAGAAAGCCCCAACAGCACCACCUAUUACGAACCUCACCCUGUCGCUAAUGGAGUAGAGGAGCCCAUGGAGGAGCCAGCUCCAGAACCCGAGCCAGAGCCUGAACCAGAGCCCAAAGUAGAGGAGAUAAAGCCUGAAGCAGAUGAGAAGGUUCUUGAAGAGAUGGAGGAGAAAGCACCUUCACCGGUCCCUGUGGAGUCCCCACCUAACACCCAGGAGCCUCCCAAGCCCAGAGUUGAAGCCAAGCCUGAGACACAGACCGCACCUCUACGACCCAGAGACCAGCGCACACGCGACAGACCGCCCUUCACUCAGCGGGGUCCCAGACCUGGUGGCAGGGUAGAUGCUGAAUCUGGGGACAUUGACAGCAGGCGGAUUGUUCGGUACCCAGACAGCCACCAGCUUUUUGUUGGCAACCUCCCGCAUGACAUUGACGAGAGCGAGCUUAAGGACUUCUUCAUGACAUAUGGAAAUGUUGUGGAGCUGCGGAUCAACACCAAGGGCGUUGGUGGGAAGCUGCCCAACUUUGGAUUUGUGGUCUUUGACGACUCUGAUCCUGUGCAAAGAAUCUUGGGGGCCAAGGUAGAAGGGCCCAUUAUGUUUCGAGGCGAGGUGCGUCUGAAUGUGGAGGAGAAGAAGACGAGGGCGGUGCGUGAACGGGAGACUCGUGGUGGAGGAGACGAGCGUCGGGACAUGAGGCGCAACGACCGAGGCCCUGGGGGUUCGCGAGGCAUUGUGGGAAGUGGAAUGAUGCGCGAACGUGACGGGAGGGGACCACCACCUCGAGGCGGCAUGGCCCCCAAACCUGGCGUUGGCUCUGGACGAGGCUCUGGUGGUCAGGGAGAGAGUCGCUUUACGACCCAGCGCCGCUGAGAAGAGCACCACCUGCAGCGUGGAAGUAGUCCCGUGUUCUUCAUCUUCAACCGUUCUCGUUAACGAAAAGAAAUCUUCAUGUAUAAACGUAAAUAUUUGUUAUUUUUUUGUUUAUUUUUUUUUUUAUUUUUGUUCCCUCUUUGCUUUGGAAUGUGACACAGCCUGUCAACCGUUUGUUUGUGAAAUAGACAAAACAGAAUAAGCAAACAAAAAAUUUCGCUUAUUAGUUGUGAGCUGAGCAUCCUUUUCGGGUAACUCAAGAAUUCACAAACUUUAAUUUGUAAAUUUGUGGAAAAAAGGCAAACCAACCAGGAGUGAUCUGCCACAUUAGGAGGGACUGAUAAGACUUUUAACUACGACAAUACAGCCCAUCAUUUGGAAAAGAGAUUAUAUGCCUUGACUUAACUGAGGCGCUGCUUCACGAAAUCCCUCUAUUGCACAUUUUAUAUGGUAGUUUUCUGCCCGUUACUGUUGGAAAAGAGUGAGAUGCAAAAUUUAUGCAGUUCCAGGGGAAAAGCUUGCCUUUUACUUUUUUCCUUUUGAGAGACCACUGCUUCAAAAUUGCAUAAUGCACUCAUCAAUAUGCACUAAUGGGUACUUUUGUCGUAUUACAUUGACAUCCAUGCUCGGAACGCAGCUGGAGAGACCUGUUUUGUCUCAAAGCGAUACGACUUACCGGGGCAGGCCUCGCUUACAGCCUGUCUGCUGUGACCAAUGUACUUUUCACACUUUUGACCCAAAACUACGCUUCAAUUACUGCUGGAUGGACAAGGUGACAAGCAAAUCUACAUUAUAUUUUUCCUCCUUUAUAAAUCAAAUAUAAAAAAAAUCCUGGACUUUCACCAAAUGAGUGGGGGGACAAAGGAUAAACAAGAAACAAAGUUGAACAAUAGAAGAGUGGUGGUAAUGAUGGCUGCUCGCUCUGUGUUUUGUUUUUUUUUUUAAUUCAAGUUUGUUUUUUUAAUUGUUUUUCCCUGCCAGCUAGACCGUGAAACUGGGAUGGACGACACCUUCCUCCCUCUUCCCUCCCUUCAUGUCUUAAGUACAGAGUAACAUAAUAAAUGUACAGCAAAAAUCAUAGUUUACUGUAUGUAUUUUUGUUUUUUUUCCCCUUUUGUGUAUAGUCAUUUCUUUCUGGACUUGAUAAGAGCAUGAUGGUGCCUUCUAUUUCACCUGUUUCCAGUCUUACUAAAGCGUAAAGUGGCUCGGGGCUUGCCGCCUCAUAAUGCGGAGCUGCUGAUUUUGAACUGUUGUCUUAGGGGAGCAGAUACAAAAAAGAAAUUGCAGUAUUCACAAGAUUUUAAGUUUCAGGUGCAUAUUUCCUUUUUUUUCUCUUUUUUUUUUUUUCUCCAUACUGUUUACUACCUAAGAUGAUCUGUUGUGAGUUUUGUACAUUUGUUUUGUAUUGUCUGUUCUGGGAUUUGUAGAGAGAAUAGGUGCCUCGAGUUCUAUUUGAUGUUAAAUGGUUAAUAAGUGCAUCUGAAGAACUAAUCCCAAAAAAAGGUACAUUAAAGAUGGUGACAGUGAAAUGCUUGGUCCUUGGUUUAACAUGUCAUAGCUCUCUACACAACCGUGAUUUCAGUGGACUAAGGUUUGCAGUUUGGAACAAGUAAAUGUCUCUCAGUGUGAUUCAGAUACUGUUGAUCCUUACUUUCAGUCUGACCAUAGUUUUUGCAACUCAUGGCAGAACUCUGGUUAAUCCCUGGACUCAAAAGUUGUCAGACUGUUCUUUUCUUAGCAGCAAUUUUGUAAUGAUCUGUGUGGUUGGGGCUGGCCAUAGUUACAGCCUACGGACUAGCAAAUAAUUGUGCUCACUUUUCUAGCUGUUUAUGCAUUUGUAUUUUCAUAUGCUGAUUAUUCAUUGUGAUUCUUCUAUUCAAUUAUUUUCCCAGUCUAGGCGAGUCUAACCUGAAUGCCACAGUAGUCGUCUGCUGCUUGUCCUCUAGUGUAUUUUUCUUUUUACCACUCUGUAGGGAGGGAAGACCUUUUGGUUUCAGCUGGAAAGGAAAACAUGGACAUGUUAUCUUUUUUUAUUUUUUUAUCUUGCACUGAAAGGGGACGAGAAAUCGAUGUAGCAUUUUUCUGGACAAAUCUACUAAUGAGGUCUUCCUUAUCUGGUGGUAUUGCACUAUUCCCAACAUUUCUGGGACUAUCUGUCAGUUUGAACACAGCCUCUCUCCAAAUUUCUCAUCUGGCAAUGGAAAGAAAGAAAAUUAUUAGUGCUCACCUUUUGGCAUGAAACCUCUCUUGCAGUUAUAAGAUUAGAUGUACAGACAUGGCAUAUUUUAUGUAGUUUUCCACAGUGAAGCUUGCCUACUCUCCCUUGUAGUUGAGAUUAAAUGUUUUCAGUAGAGAGACUCCCUAAUUUGUUACCAUCAGUCUUUGACCCAAUAUUACAGAAAAAUUACAUCUCUUUGAUCUUGGUGUUUUUAACAGACAGUUCUUAUGGGUGCCUCUACCCCUAAUGUUUGUUUGUCAGCUAAUUGCUCAACACAGGCGCUUGACUGCAAUCGUACUUUUUACAGCAAAGGUCAAUGAAGAGAGGUGUGAAGAGGAGCCAUCAUGCAUUCAGACCAAUCUGUUUACAUGGUAGUGGUGGUAAAAAUGUGUAAGCAUAUUUACAUUGACAGUUUGAUAGUUCUUCUUUCUCCACUGAGGUUUUCAACAACCUGCCCUUUUCCAAACUUUAAAUGAUCCUCAAAAGGAAAAAGAAAAUCUGUACAUUUAUUUUCCUGUGGGUGAGGAUGCAGUCGAGUGGAUCCACAUUGAGUCAUUCCAGCCCUCUUUUUUUUUUUUUUUUUUUAAUGGAAGCAGUAGAAGUACCUUCUUGGCUUUAGAGCAGGUGUGGUAAACAGUUGGCUGCCAUCUUUAUUUUACUGUGUUUACCCUUGUUGCUAGUACAAAGUGUUGCAGGUGGAGAAUCUUUUUUUUUUUUUUUUUUUCCAAUUUUGAAUGUGUUGGACUUAACAUACAAUAAACUACUGAUAUCAGCA